GGUCAUGUGACGAAAACAGAGUCAUGGCGUCCUCUGCUGCUGUCCGAUCGAGCAUGGGACUAAUUUUGAGACAUUCUCGAGUUAUCCCGGACUGUCGCACGUGUCCUCUGUUCAGGUUAAAGUGCAGUGCGAAAAAUAUGGCUAAUUUACAAAGGAGGGGGUCCUUUGAUAGUCUCCAGACGAUAAACCGGCACUUACAGACGAGUAUAGGUCUUUACCAGAGUGAGGAGGGGAGCUCCAAUGCGGAGGACCCAGAGGAUGUUGUCAACGUGGUGUAUAUAGAUCGGUCUGGCCAGAGGAUCCCUGUUAAAGCCAAAGUGGGAGAUAAUGUUCUGUAUCUGGCUCAUAAGCAUGGAAUUGACCUGGAAGGAGCCUGUGAGGCAUCUCUGGCCUGCUCAACAUGUCAUGUCUAUGUGAGUGCUGCCCAUUUUGACAAACUGCCAGAACCUGAAGAGAGGGAGGAUGAUAUGCUUGACAUGGCGCCGAUGCUCCAGGAGAACUCCAGGUUGGGAUGUCAGAUCAUUCUCACUCCUGAGCUUGAUGGGAUUGAACUCACUUUGCCCAAAGUCACCAGAAACUUCUACGUAGACGGCCAUGUUCCCAAACCUCAUUGAUAAGUGAAACAGAUGGUGAAGAUGGGGACUGGAGAAAACUUGAAGGGCGUCGCUUUGAGCUAGGCACCAUGUGUGCUGGGUGAGUUGGGGGUGCGACCACGAAGGAAGAGAUGCACAGCUAGGAUAGUAAAGUCCAUAGCAACUCUCAAGAUGUCUUACCAGCUGACAAAUUCUACAGUUAUCCACUGACAGGACAGGCCCUGCAGAUGAGCUCAGGCAGACACUACAUGAGUCUCACUGAAGGUGAUGUUAAUGGUUAACUCGCCAAAAAAAAAAAAAUUGGGAUUUUUCUUUUUUUUCUUUUCUUUUUUUUUUUUUUUUGUGGGUGUUCUCAGGCCAGUUUUAAGACACCAUUCAAUCACACAGCUGCAGAGGAGAUUUUAUUUAACAAAGUUAAUCUUUGUGCUGAUUGAUGGAACAUUCCUGGUUACAGCUCAUAUACGCACAAGUAUCACAUGAUGGUGUUUAUCAUUUUGUCUAGUCCAUCAUUAUCACACUUACUCGUCAGGUAUUGUAUGCAGAGCAUUUACAUUUGUAUGAACCAUGCUCAUUUGUAGAUUUUAGUGUCUUUGGUGUAGAAGUACUCACUAUAGAUUGCUUCCAUGAACAUUUAAUCAUCCUAUUCUGCAAGGCAGAAAAGAGCCAUAUACCACAAUCGUCCCGAUUCUUAAACAUGGGUCCUAAGAAGUCAAUGCAGAAUUUAGACAGUUGAAACUUGCUUAGAAUUUGUUCCAAACAUUUCAUGAAAAAGCAUUUUAAUGCACUUGCUCUCGAGUGUCAGUAAUUAAGGCUUGAUUUGGAGGAUCUGAUCCAGCUGGUUCCACAGUAGGAUGGAAGUGGAGGGAGGUCUGCUUGGACACUGGUGGGCUUCAUGCUACCAUAUUAAGAAUUUACCACAUCUACCGUUUACUCAAGUCUACUGUACCUUUCCAAGUUACGCACAAAUGAAUUGUGUAUUUUAUGUCUGAUGAAAUAAAAAUAUUUAAUGUUGUGCAAUAAAAUCUGUUU